AUGUAUAAAGUACCAUUCCCACUUGUGAUUCCUAUUGAUGAAGAGAAUAAAAUAUACAAGGGAUAUAUAAGCAUACAGAAACAAGAACACUUUAUUCAAGUUGAACUUGGACCUAGACGACAGUUAUUGACAACAGGAAAACUAAACGAAUUGAUCAAGGAUAAACAGACAUUGAUUGAAAUUAAACUGAAUGAAGCUCAAGAUAUCAUGAGUUUUCUAUCUGAAUUUAAAGAAAUAUUAGACGAGCAUGAUAUAGGAGAUAAGGAAAAGCCUUUUCAACCCUCAGCUGAUAAACUGUCCUUUGUCUAUCAAGAACUAUUAUCCAUUGGCUUUGAAAAAGUGAAAUAUAUGAAUGAUACGAUGAAUGAGGUUAUGUUUAGUAUAAGGGAUAUGGGUGAUAGAGAACAUGAGCUCAAGGUGAUCUUACCUUCAAACUAUCCAUUUACAGCACCCCACAUCGUGGCAGAUACACCUGUGCCAAUCCAGAGUUCACUUUCAUUGGCAACUAUUGUUCGUCAGCACCAAACAAUUAUUGACCAACAUCAAGAUUUAUUCAAUUGUCUGGACGAUUUAGAUAAGUACAUGAGAAUAUUAGAACCAGAGCACCCCAAAAGAAGCGAGUUAUGGAGAAAGAUUGCCCUGAGUCAUCACUGCUCAUUAUAUCUAAAGAUUGUAGAUCCCUUAUUACCCUUUAAUAGGCCUCAGAUUAGACUAUUUGGUAGUGAAAGUAGAGUAGAGAACUUGAGAAGAGUAUGGGAUCAGGCUGAAUGGAACAAGAGUCUUCCACUACAUACCAAUUUACUAACCAUAUUUCAACUUGUUCCAAAUGACAAACAAGAGCAAGAAGACUAUACUAACGCAAGUGAUAUCGAAUGCGCCAUUUGCUAUUCUUAUAAGCUAGAAAAUGACGAAACACCCGAAACGAUAUGCAAGCUUUGUAACCGUGGAUUUCACUCGAUUUGUCUUUAUCAAGUAAGAAGGUUCAUAAAAACUAAAUACUGCUUUGUUUAA